AUGGCAUCCAAUCCUCCCGGAAAAUGUUGCACUCUUUCUAGCUUCCAUGAAGGAACCCCAAAAGGCAAGCACGUGCCUUUCUGCGGCUUGGAAACUUACGUGACUGGCGAAGAUUCGGACAGAACCGUGGUCAUUUUGACCGAUAUCUAUGGCUCCAAAUACAACAAUGUGUUGUUGGUUGCGGACGAAAUUGCCAAAUGCGGAUACAAGGUUUACAUUCCCGACAUUUUGAAGGGCGAUCCUGUCGACGGCAGCGUCAGCUUGGACAAGUGGCUUCCCAACCACACAAACGAGAUUACCAAGCCAAUUGUCGACGACUUUUUGGCAGCUUUCAGAAAGGAGGUCAACCCCAAGUUUUUGGGUGUGAUUGGCUACUGCUUUGGCGCCAAGUAUGCCAUUCAGCAGAUCUCUGCGUCGGGCCAUGCUGAUGCUGCGGCUGUUGCCCACCCAUCGUUUGUUUCGAUCGAGGAAGUGGCAGAAAUCAAAAAACCCAUCAUUAUUUCUGCUGCGGAGGAGGACAGCAUCUUCCCACCAGAGUUGAGACAUCAAACCGAAGCGAAGUUGGCCGAAAUCGGUGCUAGAUACCAGAUUGACUUGUUUUCUGGUGUUUCCCACGGUUUUGCCGUUAGAGGCGACAUUCUGAACCCAGUUGUCAAGUAUGCCAAGGAAAAGGCUUUGGCAGACCAACUCCAAUUCUUUGCUUUGUUUUAG